AUGGAUGGGCAGAGACAGCGGUUGAUGCUGCAGACGUUAGCAGCUGAGGGACAGAGUAUCUUCUGGACGUGGAAAGACAGUGAAGAGCAACACAAUAUAUUGCACGUGCAGCCGGGAGAGGAUGGGUCCCCGCAGACCGUUGUUCAGGGCGCCCUGGCGUUCAACAGCGGCAAGGCCGUGGCCAACAACAACUUCCUCUACACGUUCCUGUCGGAGGGCGUGUUCAGCGUGACGUCACACGGCAGCCCGGGCAAGCUGGGCACGAUAAGGGUGCUCGACAAGGGCGUCAGAACUACGGAGCCCCGCAUCACGCACGGCGGCAACGGCGGACUCGUGCGCAUACCGCACAUCGUACUCAUCACGUCCGAGACGCCCGGUGUGAAGAUCUACUACACGACCGACGCAGCCUGCCCGGAAGUCUGCAACCCCGCCAUCCGGGUGUACCACGAGGAGCACGGUAUUGGGCUGGAGACGCCCAUGCUCGCCUUCAUCAGGGCCAUGGCCGUCAGUCAGAGUCUGCGAGAUAGCAGGAUGUUCGUGUGCAGGUGCUAUCACGUGAUCACCGACGUUCCCAGCCUCACGCAGGAAGAGAUCGACAAGAAGAUGGCACUAGAUAUGCUAGAAAAAAAGAGCGAGAAUGGUGAAACUCCGCCGAAUAAUCAAGCGGACGUACAGUCCAGGUAUCAUGAAGUGUUUUGGGAUAACAUCAAGCGCAAGCACCUACCACAGAUCAAGGGAUAUAAGUUCUUCAUGAACAACUUCUCCUACACGCCUCUGCUGCCAAACACCUACACGAGUCUGAACGUGUCCGGCAUGGCUGGAGGCAGGAACUACCAGAUGCAGCUGAUCGUAUACCCGGUCAACAGCGACUACUACAACGUCGAAUCAAACAUGCUGGGCAUGGGCACGCCCGUGGAGACCGAGGGAGGCGGUCCUGUCAUAUCCGUGGAGGUCGGUGACGUCACCACGACCCUCGUCAUCGUCUGGAGUACGCAGUCUCUACAGCACCUCGGCUACAUCGUCUACCUGAACAAGGCCCCUAUAGGUGACAAGCUGGCAUCAGAAAAGUGCAAGUAA